AAAUUAAUUUAAUUUACUUCAUUUGUAUAUAACUUAUUGAAUUAUUAUUCAUACAAUUUGUACGAUUUAGAAUGUUUAAAAUAAUGAAAGUCUUUACCAAUCUACUGUAUACACUUCGUGGCCAAAGCGUGGUACGCGAGCUACCAUUUGCUCUCGAACGUUAUGGACUCGUCCGCGCAACAUGUCACAAUUAAAAAUGUUUUAACUCGGAUGACAUCACUGUACUUUACAAAAAUGACAAAAAUAUGUUAUAAUAAAUUAACUAGCUCAUACUAUAUCAGUUUUCGUACAGUAAAGUGCCUUACUUAAACGAUAACAAUUAAAGUAGUAAUACCGUCAACCGUAUUUUAACAGGCAUAAAGGCGCUUUUACUUUCGAUCAACAUGAAGUACAGCACCUUACUUAUAAAAUAUAUAACUGUAGUUUUCUUUAUAAAGCUCUAUAUUAUAUGUGCUCGGGCAGUAUAUCAAGCCGAUUAUAUAAUAGUUGGCGCAGGAACAGCAGGAUCAGUUUUAGCCAAUAGACUUUCCGAACCACCGCAUAUUACAGUUCUUGUGUUAGAAGCAGGAGAUGUGGCUCCUGUAAACUCUGAGGUUCCACUAUAUCCUCUAAAUUUAGCUCUAACAAAUUACAGUUGGCAAUUUAAAAGUGUACCCAGUAAAACCAUAGCUCAAGGUCUUAAAAACAGACAACUGUUAACUGUGGAAGGUAAAGCGCUUGGUGGAACCACAGUUUUAAAUUAUAAUUUGUUUGUGCGUGGAAAUAGGAGAGAUUACGACAAUUGGGCAAGACAUGGUGCCAUAGGUUGGGAUUGGAAAAGUGUCUAUCCUUAUUUUCUAAAACUGGAAAACAAUCGAGAAUAUUGCAAUGUAUAUCACGGUGUUGGUGGAAACGUUAUCGUGCAGACACCACCUUUCCAUGCACCAAUAACGAAAGGUUAUUUAGAAGCAGCCAUAGAAAUUGGAUAUACUCUUGGAGACUUUAAUGCAAAGAAUCAAACAGUGUUUCAACCUCCUCAAGGAACUGUUAAUAGAGGAGCACGCUGGAGUGCGGUUAAAGCAUAUAUUAAUCCUGCACGAGGUCGAAGAAAUCUUUGGAUCUUAACUUCAGCAUUUGUUCACAAGAUAUUGAUCCGNAUUUAUAUUAUUCUAUUACUAUAUGAUUAUACGCCGGCUAUUUAUUUAUUGCAGUUGGCGCAGGAACAGCAGGAUCAUUGGCAAUUUAAAAGUGUACCCAGUAAAACCAUAGCUCAAGGUCUUAAAAACAGACAACUGUUAACUGUGGAAGGUAAAGCGCUUGGUGGAACCACAGUUUUAAAUUAUAAUUUGUUUGUGCGUGGAAAUAGGAGAGAUUACGACAAUUGGGCAAGACAUGGUGCCAUAG